AUGUCUACAUCAUCGCUCUCUUCUCAAUCAAAACCACCAAAUUAUAAUUUGAAAAUACCAAUUCCACCUCGUUCUGAUCGGGGCAUGGAGGACGUUCAUCAAAUUGACUCACAUCCGAGCCUUAAUCACAUCAUUUCAUUAAUUGACGAAAAAGAUCCGAGUGUUCAUGAAGACGAGUCAGAACAAGAUUUAGUUCAUUCAUUGGGACUCACAGAUCCAUCUGAAGAGGAGAAGAAACAAAUUCGAAAAAAGUACAAUUUACCUCCCUUUAAUACAUUGUUUCCUUAUCGAAGGGGUAGAGAUUAUUGGAAUUAUAGAUAUGAGGAAAGAGGAAGUGAACUGUUCUAUGAUUGGUAUCUCAGUUUUAGUCAAAUGAAAUCAACUCUACAACCUUACUUGAAAAGUUAUGACAUGCGUAUAUUAAUUCCAGGUUGUGGUAAUUCUCGCCUACCUCGUCAAUUAGUUAAAAGUGGUUUUAAAAACAUCCUCUGUAUUGAUUACUCUGAUGUGAUUGUUAAGAGGAUGAGAAAAAUUCAUGAAAAGUAUAAUGAGUUUGUCAAAUUUCAUUGUGUGGAUGCAUGUUCCAUGAAAAUGAUUGACUCGGAUUCGUAUGAUCUUGUUAUUGACAAGGCACUCACCGAUUCAAUGACAUGCUCAACAAGUGAAAUUCGUUCAUCCAUCACAGAUAAUGUCACACGGUACUAUUUUCAAGUUUCGAGGAUUUUGAAACCGGGAGGAAAGCUUCUCGUUUACUCUUCAAGAGAUCGUUCAGACCUCGUAAAGAUGAGUGACGCGUCUCUGUGGUCUUCCAUUUGCAUAACAAAGGUGGCACGAGUCCAAACCACCAAUGAAAAGCUCCGAAAAUUCUUUCCGUCCAAUCUCGCAAAUAGCUCUUUUCACUUGCUUGUUCUCUCCAAGAAGGGUGGAGAAGAUGAAGCAACCACAUCAUCUACGAAUAAUGACUCGCCUCUCGAUGGUAUGUUCCAGCUCAGUGGAGGCCUCAUUACACAGGAGCAAGCGAGUUCGGAAUCAUCAUCAAUAGCUAUCGACGCCAUGAGAAGAAAUCAAAGUAAAAGCAAUAGCAUCCUUCCAAAGCUUGCUGAUUUUGAGCGCAGAGUUGAGGAGCAAGAGGAGCAAACUCAUGUCAUUCAUGACCUUCUGUAG